AUGGCAGAAAUCGGCAACCGCGUUGCUGCCGGAGCUGAUACAACAUCUGUCGCCUUGAAAGCCGUCCUCGGCCCCAUCCUUCAUAACAGAGCAAGGUAUCAGCGGCUCCGAGCCGAAUUAGGCGAUGGGGUUUCCAGCUCCAAGGAAUCAACUUUCACAUACUCUGCAGUCAAGGGUCUCCCAUUCAUCACAGCCUGUAUAAAAGAGGGAUUCCGCAUGCAUUCGAGCAUCGUUUACCAGCUUCCCCGACAAGCACCCGCCGAAGGCAUUUCCUUUGAUGGGCACUUCCUCCCACCUAACGCCACGAUUUCUAUGAGCGCUCUAGACCGAAACCGGUGCCAGACAAUAUCUGGGACUGAUACAGACACAUGGAGACAGGAGAGGUGGUUAGGCGUUAAAGGGAGUAGUGAGGAUGAGGUCAACCUUAUGGAAUGA